AUGGCGAACAAAAAGGGGCAGCAGGAAAUGGUCCAGGUCGACAAUUCCGAACGCGCAGAAUCUCCAUUUUGGGCCGCCCGAAACGUAUCCCUGAAUCAGUCUCAGUCGAAGGACCACGGCCAGAACACUGUGGUUGGCGCUUCAUACUCCCACGCCAACAUUCUACAGUACGCUAUACCAUCAAAUACCGAUUUGGGACCAAUUGUCUUCUGGUCGAGAACGCCACCCCGGUCUUCCUCUAGCAAUGCCCCAUACCCCGCGUCGCAACUAGCACAUCGGUCUGGAAAUGUGGUCGCUUCGCCCCCUCGUGAAAAGCCAUACUCAAGUAUCAUGAAUCAAGGCGUGAAUGAGUGGAGUCGUGAUCCAACCGACGCAGACGAAGACGAUGACGAAGACGAUGACGAUGAGAUUGUUUACGACGACGACGAAGAUGAAUUUGGACUACCAAGUCUUGCCAGUAUGAGGAGGAAGAAAUCAGGCCCUUUGAAAGCCAGGAGCAUUAAUCCUAGCGGCUCGAUGGGAGGAAACCCUUCCUCCCUGGGAUUUAGCCUCGCGGCUAACAACAGACAACGAGCAAAUAGCUCAGACAUUGCCGAGGAACGCGGCGCUCCAAUGUACCCUACAGCACGGAAGGGGGAAGGAAAGAUUCUUCGGCCACAGUACAAAGAUAUUCUGCAAGGUAGAUAUCCUAUGCUUUCCAAUACCUCGGUCACGGACAUGCUAACAGUGCCCCCAGAUCCUGCAAAUGCUUUGAAUCUAAUCAAUCACACUGCGCCGCCGACUAAUGCUACACCUAAGGAGAGAGAUAUGCAUUCUAGCCGCAUCUCACGAAUCAACAAGUUCAAGCGCAUUUUGCAGGCAAGCACGGUAUCUAUUACUGAACUGCGAGACCUUGCAUGGUCUGGUGUUCCCGAAGAGGUUCGACCGAUGACCUGGCAGCUUCUACUUGGCUAUCUUCCCACAAAUAGCGAACGACGUAUAUCAACACUUGAGAGAAAACGAAAGGAGUAUCUUGACGGAGUACGACAGGCCUUUGAACGAGGCAGCGGAGCAGCAGCGACAAACCCUCCUUCUUCGGGUACAGGCCGAGGACGAGGACUGGACGAAGCAGUAUGGCAUCAAAUCAGCAUAGAUGUCCCACGGACAAGUCCUCAUCUUCCACUCUACGGCUAUGAAGCUACACAGCGUUCUCUUGAACGCAUUUUGUAUGUGUGGGCUAUUCGACACCCCGCCAGUGGUUAUGUGCAAGGUAUCAACGAUUUGGUGACACCAUUCUUCCAAGUGUUCCUGGGCGUCUACAUCACCAAUCUGAAUGUUGAAGAAGGCAUGGACCCAGGCCAGCUUCCCCGGAGCGUACUGGAUGCAGUGGAAGCCGAUACUUUCUGGUGUAUAACAAAGCUUCUUGAUGGCAUUCAAGACAACUACAUCUAUGCCCAGCCAGGCAUUCACCGGCAGGUUCGAGCAUUGCGAGAUUUGACUGUGCGCAUUGAUUCUGCUCUUGCUAAACACCUCGAGCAAGAGGGCGUGGAGUUCAUGCAAUUCAGUUUCCGAUGGAUGAAUUGUUUGCUCAUGCGGGAAAUGAGAAUUCAGAACACGAUACGCAUGUGGGAUACUUACAUGGCCGAGGAGCAGGGCUUCUCACGCUUUCAUCUUUAUGUCUGUGCUGCAUUUUUGGUCAAAUGGACGGAUCAGCUCCUGAAGAUGGAUUUCCAAGAAAUCAUGAUGUUCCUCCAAGCAUUGCCUACGAAGGACUGGACUGAGAAAGAUAUCGAGCUCUUGCUGAGCGAAGCGUUUAUCUGGCAGAGCCUAUUCCAGGACUCCGCCGCGCACCUCCGAGCUGCUGGUGAACCGCCUGAAAAUGGUAUCUUUUAUUGA